AUGACUUCAGUCAUUGAUUUCUGUACACCUGCUGUACCCGGCGAAGUCCACAAGUACUAUGGCUAUUCACACAACAAGUUCCUGAAAUUGCCACACAUCAAUCCCGUCCACACUGUAACGAACGCACCUGCUUCAAACGCUGCAUUCAAGCGCAGUCCAAGCAAAUCUAAAGAGCACAAAACGCUGAGAUCUGUAGCGCUCUCUGGCAACCUGGCCUUAUUGAGACAGUUUCUUCAAAUGGUACCUGAUCAGCUCCAAGCAGUCAACGAUCCUCACCCAGCAACUGGAUUGACUUGUUUGCAUUUCGCUGCUUCAAGGGGCCACCUGAAAAUCAUACAAUGUCUUGUUGAAGAAUACGCCGUUCGAGUAGAUUCUACAGAUAAAGAAGGCGAGGUAGGUUUCCAGGAGGAGCAGCGCGUCAUUUAUGACUUUACUGACAAGACAUGGUUACAGACUGCCCUGUUAAAAGCUGCGUACAAUGGCCAUUAUCAUGUUGUAGAAUAUCUACUGGACAGUAAUGCCAAUAUACAUCAGAAAGACAAGGAUGGCUGGACUGCAUUGCACAAUGCCUGUUCACGAGGUUAUUUCAGAAUUGUCAGAUUAUUAGUAGAUCGAAAGGCAAAAGUGGACGUUAGAAGCAAAAUGGGACACACUCCGCUGAGUAAGUUGGAUAUUGUACAUGUGUUUGGUGCAUAUAAACUGAUCUUUAACAUGGCAGUCAAUGCUGCAUCCAAGGGAUACAUGUCCAUUGUAGAAUAUCUGUUGGACGAAGCUCAUGCAAACCCACUGAUUAAGAACAAUUUCGGCGAGGCUGCCUACGAUGUGAGUGCAGCAGCUGGAGAAUCCUACAUCUGUGAGAUGCUGGAAAAGGCAGGUAGAAGAUGGUGGCAUCUACAGCACACGGAAGGCGUAUUGAACCCAAGCAAUAAGCGUGCCUCCAUGUUUGGUGCUACCUAUGAUCUACUGGAAUUUCAUGUCACUGUCAUUGUCAUUUUACAUGAAAAUCAGAGAUCAACAUCCUUACUGGGUCUCUCAAGACCCCAAUUCAGUGAGACCUACUUGACAAAGGCAGAUACGAGAGGGCCUUGGUCAUUGCAUCCCUCUGGCACACCGUCAGCCAAAGACAUGGUAGCAUUACCAGCAACAUCGACCAACAACCAUCGCAUCAGUAAUUUAUCCAACUGGUUCUGGCUUACAGAUUGGCAACUGGAUUACAGCAACCCUCGCGUGGACCCGACGUCAGGAUGGCAAUAUUCAAAAUCAUUCAGCGAUGAUGACGAUGCAUGGACGCCUGUAGCACCAACAAGUGGGUACAAUUGGGUGAGACGCAGAAGAUGGGUACGAGUUAUGAAGAGAAGAAUGGAUUUGACCAAGGGAAGUCAUCGGGGAGAAAAUGUCACCUUUGCUAAUGACGAUGAGGAGGAGGAAGAUCAAGAGAUCAGCCAACAAGAGCAAGAGGAUUACCUCUUGCAGGCUGAGAAUAUCAUCCACCAGACUAUCAAGUCGGGUGAUGCGACCGAAGACGACGCCAAUCAUGGUAACACCGUUCAAACUAUAAAGCAUAAUCUGGAAAAGUAUAACCAAGCAGUCAAGCUGUUGAACAUAUCUAUUCAGAACGAUACCAAUGAAUUCAGAAAACUUCAAGCAUCGACACUGGUCAAAUCUUACCUGGUACAAAUUGAUAGGCUGAAGAAUAAGGUUGAAGAAGAAGAAGAAGAAGAAGCAGAGGACAUCGAGGUACCUUUUCCUGUGGCACAACAGCAAUUACAUGAGGAUAAUUUUAGCCAUUUAAAUCAACACGAUGAAAACAACAACCCUUGGACCAGCAGCGGCCCUGAAUACUGGCCACCACAACGAAUGAACACGGUGGAUCUCUUCACAGAGCCGCAGGAGGAGCAUGCCUGGGAGUCUGAUAUGGACGCCAAAUCAUGCAGGGUGUGCACUCGAAAGUUUGGCCUCUUUUCAAGACGGCAUCACUGCCGAAAAUGUGGUCUGGUCGUGUGUGACAAAUGCUCGCCUUGGAAGGUAUUUUUGAAUCCUUCUGAUAUCUUGCAGGACCCUGAAAGCACAUUGGAGUCAGUGAGUGUAUUAGCAGCACAGCAACAAAGAGUAUGUGAUAAAUGCUACUACAAGCAACAGCAACCACAGCAGUAG